AUUUGGCUCCAAGAUCAUGCACAUCACAUGCCAAAACCUCAAGCUACCUCUCUCUUUCACAUUCCCUCAGCGCUUAAUUUCUGUAUUCAAAACUUUUGGCAUUAAUUGUUUUCCAAUACCCUUUGAGACUACAAUAUUAAAUUUGUGGUUUUUACAUAUAUAUAUAUAUAUAUAUAUAUAAUGGAUAGGGUGACACAGAUGGCAUCAGAGAGACCAGUGGUGAUAUUCAGCCGGAGUUCCUGCUGCAUGUGCCACACCAUCAAAACCCUCUUCAGUGACUUUGGAGUGCAUCCAAAUGUUCAUGAACUUGAUGAGAUACCAAGAGGGAAUGACAUUGAGCAAGCUCUUUCAAGGCUAGGGUGCAGCCCCUCUGUGCCUGUUGUGUUCAUUGGCGGUGAGCUUGUUGGUGGAGCCAAUGAAGUCAUGAGCCUUCACCUUAACCGCUCCUUGAUCCCUAUGCUUAGGAGAGCUGGAGCUCUUUGGGUUUGAUCAAUUUCACUACUAUAUAUCAGGAUCUAAUUAACUAAUAAAUCUGUUUUGGUUACAUAUGUAUAAUUAUGAUGAGAUUAUUAUUAUAUACAUAGUGGCCGGCCGGAUCCAUUAUCAUAGGAUGCAUGUUUUGCAUGUUUUUUUUUUUAUCUAUAUUACCUGAACACGAUAUCAGGAUAUUUAUAAUAACUUUGCACAUUUUAACCAACAAUUGAAUUAGAUCCUUAUUAAUUGGAUGCA